CUAGAGAGCGAGCUGCCUGUGAUUCACCGAGACAGGCCCAACGAUGAUUCAUUGAUGAUGUACUUGGAGAGAGUCGCUUCAUCUCGUUUUUGCGAGCAGACGUCAUCAAAGCACUUCCGCCGCUCAGGGGGAGGCCUCAGCGGGGACGCCUCCGCCGGGAGGACAGGCUCUCGCCCGCAGUAACGCUCAGCGAGGCGUGAAGUGAAACCGAGGUGCCACAUAGAGCGAGAGGUCCGAAACAUGUACUUUAUUGAUUGUUUUGUUUUUGUCAUCUUGAUUAAUGCAUCACACCGGACCUUUAGGACUCGUACAGGCAGGCGGGCGGGCGAUGCGCAAUUGACUUAACAGUAUCACAAGCUAAGGAAAGCUAACAAUAUUUCAUUGCAACUCGGUUGGAUGGCCUUAUUAUAUCGAGAAGUGAAUUGAUUGUUAGGAUUUGAGCCAAUGGUGUGGGAUUUAUUGUUGGUUAAAAGCAUAUUGAAGCGCCCACCAUCCAUUUCCUAUAGGCCUUGUCCUCAUUAGUGUGGCGGGUGAACUGAAGCCCAUGCCCAGCUACAAAAGGUGUGAAUCAGGGCAGUACAGGCAUGUACUCUUCCAAUUCAUGGUGGCUUACAUUUCUUCCUGUCACGGCCACUGACACCACAGCAAAGGUUAUAUGCAUACUAAGAAUGUAAGAUUAUUAUAUUUGUCCCUUGUGGUAAAUGAAACGCCCACCCCAAACAAGACAACAUUCCUGAUAAACACAACAAUCAAGGGCAAGUCGGAGUUUAAUUACAGUGGAACCGGUGCACUAAUAUACUAUUUCACGAAAACCGUACUAUCAGCAAAUCUGAUUCUAAUUGAAGGAAAUUGCUUUCCCUGCCUUAUAAUAUAUUCCCAAGAAUAUUCCCACUUUUUUUGAGUCCUAUCAAAAAUUCCGACUGCAUUGGCUGAAUCUAAUCCACAGCACGUAUAUCAGACCCACUCGCGUAAUCUCCACUAACCCUAAAUCUCCCGACCCUGAAGGCGAGGCUGAAAGUAGACCAAAAUCUAAUUAUAACUGUAACGUACCAAACCCGAAACAGAACACCUAACUCACUUUUACCCAGCUAGUGAAACGUUAUUAUAAUAAGAUAUCCUAGAGCGUGUACCUGUUGGAGAACCUGAAAAACAUGCUCAUGACAUACCUUAUCCAGGAAUUGGGGUUAAUCUUUCUCUUUCACUUUUAGAGGGAUGGUAUGCUUUGUCUGGAUGACCUGUAGCCACUCACGAGUAGGAGAGUUGAAUUAAAAAAAAAAUAGGUGUGACAUCCUUUGAGCGGAAUAUCAGGAAGUGAGGUGAUAAAAGUACACCUGCAUACUCCUUUGAGCAGAGCGCCCUGAGGAUGGCUGGCAGUGACGGCGAGAAACCCAAGGCGACUUUGAACUAUACGUAACCCUGCUAUCAUUUAACACUUUGGAGAACAAACAAUCCAGAAAAGAUGUGUUCUGUCAAAGUCAUUAUUCUCCUCUUCUGCUACGCUUGUCUUUCCACCGGAAACACGCAUGUGUUCUUUGAGUCCAAGAAUUUUUACAAUGUGCUCAACUGGAUCGCGGCGGAGCCUUCAUCCACCGACCAAAAGGUCCUCUACAGCGUCCAGUACAAGAGGUACGAUUCGGAUCAUCGUUUCCGGAUCAAGAACGAGUGUCAGAACAUCACGGCUCUUCACUGCGACCUGACGACGGAAACCCCGUCGCUCCCCGACGUUUAUUACGUGGCGCAGGUAUUCGCCAACGGUCGGUUCCACGGACGCACCACCAGGCUCAACCCCGUCGCAGACACUACUCUGGGCAAAGCCAUCUUGUUUACAGACGUGACACCGGCGUCCUUGUUUGUUAGUGCCACGCUUCCGUUGGGGCCGAAGGAUGUUUCCGUAGCGGACAUCAUCAAGAAGAGCAAAACGGGUCCCGUCAAUACGUCCAUUGAAUAUACCUUUAAGAUCACCUCCCCAAAGUCGGCUGUACAGUAUUACCGCAGCUUGUCUGCUCAGUUUGAGUUCCAGUUGAAAUUCAGCGAACGUGAAUACUGCGGCUAUGUGGUCUACAAGCCUUUGUGCCAGUGGGGUCGCAAUGAGAGUGAGAAGGCCGACUUCUGCGCAAACCUACUAACUCCCCCAGGUGACCUCACCAAGAUUCUACCAUGGCCGCUUACGGCCGCCACCCUCCUGGUUAUCAUUGCCAUAGUGCUGCUUGGAGCUGUGCGUAGCUACGUGAAGGGCGGGAUGUACAAGAAGCCACCUCGGUCACUGGAAUUACGUACCGCCAGAGAAGUGCCAAAUGUCCACCAACACCCAGAGAGGAAUCUGCUGAUUUGCAGAGUGAUGGUCUCUGCUCAAACUGAACCAAUCUAUGUCUACAAGUAUGCUUCUGCCAGGCUCAAUCCAAACGGGGUUUGCGUCAGACCUCCUGGAGGCUAUUCCCCGCAGGACGACCCUUGUCAACCCUGGCUGGGUGCUACUGACUCAUCGGUGGGCAGACCAAAAGACCAGGCUUCCAGUAGCCAGUCCUCUGUCGUUUACAGCUCCAUGGGGGGGGCGGUUCCGACAGAACCAAGCGAGUUUCCGAGGACCCUUGCGGAAAACACAUCCGGCCUGGACGUGGUUCCGUCCGAACAGCUGCAAUUGAACACGGUCCGAGAUGCCAACGGACAACUGAAGUUGGCAUCUGUGGCUUUCCAGGUAGAGAGAAAGCCUCUGCUAUCCGACCGCUUGGAAUCUGGGGGGAACGUUUCAGUUUUGGCUCUUGUCAAUCGCUUGGAUAGCUUUGACUCAUCAGACUCUGGGUGUGUCGACGGGACCCCUGUACUGAUGGACUGCGACCAAAUUCCGUCGGCGCCGCUUGGAAUUUACAUAAGCAAUAGUAUGCCAGCCGGUGAUGCCUACCCGGCAUCGCGGUACAAACAAAACUGGUUGCCUCUUGAUACCACACCCAACAAUGAUCAGGACUUCAUGAGAAGUAACCGUGACUGGACUUUCACGAGUUCGACAGAAACGGAGUGUGGGGAGUUCAAUGACAAUGCAGAAUCGCCAGGAAUAUUUCUUGAAGAUUGGGCACUACAAAUACAAGAUUAAUACCUGGUCUUUUAAAGCUAUUUUUGUUUACUGUAUUUUUCAGCGACAUUUGACUCCACAAGGACUUUCAAUUUUAGCUCCACCAGAACAAAUGUGUCUUAUAGCGAUUUGCCAAAGACUUUGGGAUCUUAUCGCGAAUUUGUGGAGGCAUUUGGCCUUUAAGAUUGAUUUCCGUUCCACAGUCUAUGCCUAAUCAAUGCUUACGCAGAAGGAAAGUCAGAAUUACUGUGAAUAUUUGUAAGCACUGGUUGUUAAAAUAUUUCAGAGUGUACGUAAGGUGGUAACAGGGUGUGCUCUGCUUCAUACGAUUGGAGGGCAGAUGGUAGACGUCAAGUUUGUUCAACAAGAGGCAAAGUUGUCACAAGACACUCAUUUGCAACGUCAUAAAUCAACGUUAUCUCCUUCAACCCUGUUGACUUGUCAUUGUUUGUGAAGAUGUACAUAUGUUUUCAAGUGUGAUUUAUUUAUUUUUUGCAAUGUUUUUUUUUUUACAAAUUUCUAUUCACUGUUAACUCUGUGGUCUGGUUUGUUUGCUUCAGUGUUUGCUAGUUCCGCACCUGUGUGUAAAUAAAGCGGUCAACAUACUCAAAA